GAACGUCUUGGGCCUUCUAUUUACAUUUCAGCCCAAAAAUAAAAAGCAGCACAUGUAACGUUGCCGUUUCCGAUAUCUUUGCUAUUUGUGCCAACCCAUGUUCCCUGUAUUUGCAUUGCAGCGCCUGCUGGUGACCGCCAAGCCGCCAACUACUUCAACGGACCACUCUGCCUACCAACAUGAAACACCUCCGCCGCAAUCGUCCACCCAUCUCAUUUUCAACUGCUCGCCGUCACUACGCCACCAAAUAUACAGCUAAAAUCACUUCAAGGUCCUCCACUGGGCGCACUAUCUCCGUCGAAGUUACGCCGCCUGUCCCCUCCGACUCUCGCGGCUACCCACUUCCCCGCCGCGACCUCAUCUGCAAAGCUACACAAAUCCUCCUCCAAUCCCACCGCACGACUAGCAACCAGUCCGGCCCUUCUACGUCUCGUCGACUCAUCGACCCCAAUCCUUUCCUUUCCCUCCAGGAAUAUCUGUCUUCUCUAUCCCUCUCCCUCACCGCAGCUGAAGCCUCCGAAAUUUUAAAAUCCCUCAACUCCCCUUCCCUUGCACUGAAAUUCUUCCACUUUUGCCCCUCCCUUUCCCCGAAUUACCGCCAUGAUUCCUUCACCUACGCGCGGCUCAUCCACAUCCUCUCGAAAUCUAGCAUCCCCGAUAAAUUGGAUAUUGUCCGUACCAUCAUCUCCGACAUGGAGAAGAUUGGAUUACGUGGCACGAUCUCCACCGUGAAUAUAUUGAUCGGAUUUUUUGGAGACAGUGAAGACUUGGAUAAAUGUAUUGAGCUGAUAGAGAAAUGGGGUUUGAGAAUGAAUGGGUAUACGUACAAAUGUUUGGUUCAAGCUUAUCUGAGGUCACGUAAUAGUGAGAAAGGGUUUAGUGUUUAUGCAGAGAUGAGGAGGAAAGGGUAUAAACUUGAUAUAUUUGCUUAUAAUAUGCUCUUGGAUGCUUUAGCAAAAGAUGAAAAGGUUGACCAGGCUUACAAGGUUUUUGAAGACAUGAAAAAGAAGCAUUGUGAGCCUGAUGAGUAUACAUACACAAUAAUGAUAAGAAUGACUGGAAAGAUUGGUAAACCCAAUGAAUCACUGACACUGUUUGAGGAAAUGUUGAACAAAGGCUGUUCUCCUAAUUUACUGGCUUAUAAUACAAUGAUCCAAGCGCUGUCUAAUGGCCGAAUGGUUGACAAGACCAUUUUCCUUUUCACAAAAAUGAUGGAAAAAGAUUGCCGGCCUAAUGAAUUUACAUAUACUGUUAUACUCGAUCUCCUGGCUGCAGAAGGGCAACUUCAUAAGCUAGAUAUGGUUGUGGAAUUAUCAAGGAAGUACAUGAAUAGGUCAAUAUAUGCUUAUCUUGUUAGGACAUUGAAUAAACUGGGGCAUGCAAGUGAAGCUCAUAGGCUGUUUUGCAACAUGUGGAGUUACCAUGAUAGAGGGGACAGGGAUGCGUGCUUGUCCAUGUUAGAGAAUUUGUGCAGUGCUGGAAAAACUACAGAGGCCAUUGAACUGCUGAAUAAAAUUCAUGAGAAAGGAAUAAAUACUGACACUAUCAUGUAUAAUACAGUAUUCUCUGCUCUUGGCAGGUUAAAGCAAAUAUCUCAUCUUCAUGAUCUUUAUGAAAAGAUGAAACGAGAUGGCCCUUCACCGGAUGUAUUCACCUAUAAUAUUCUGAUAGCAAGCUUUGGUCGGGCAGGACAAGUUGAUGAAGCUAUUAAAUUUUUUGAAGAACUCGAGGACAGUGAUUGUAAACCUGAUAUUAUCUCUUACAAUUCCUUGAUUAAUUGCCUUGGAAAGAAUGGUGAUAUUGAUGCAGCUCACAUGAAGUUCAAGGAAAUGCAAGAGAUGGGAUUGAAUCCCGACGUCGUUACAUACAGCACGCUCAUUGAGUGCUUUGGCAAAACAGAUAAAGUUGAAAUGGCUUGCAGGUUGUUUGAUGAAAUGCUAGCAGAAGGUUGCUGCCCUAACAUUGUAACAUACAACAUUUUACUCGACUGUUUGGAGAGGAAUGGAAGAACUGCCGAAGCAGUGGAUUUGUAUGCAAAACUUAAGCAGCAAGGAUUAACACCUGAUUCAAUCACAUAUUCUGUGCUUGAACGACUGCAAAGUGGUUCGCAUAGAAAAGUGAGAAUUCGCAGGCAGAAUCCGAUCACCGGUUGGGUUGUAAGCCCGUUGAGGUAAUAAUGACAAGAUAGCAACUUGUUGUGCAUCAAAUUUUGAUCUUUUUUUGCUGCUACUGAGCAGGUGCCUUUCAUUCAUGGCCAAUUGUAUGAACGCAUUAAAGUUGUUGGUGGGUUUUUGAUUUGACAACAAUUAAAAUUAACACUCACCCCCAACAAAGAAUUUCUUUCAUAGAAGCAUUGGUCUGGUCAAAUUCAACUGGUUGGGAAAGGAUUUAUGGUCUCAUCCAAUUGCUUGAAAAGGUUAUAUCAGAAGAUCGUUAGUACUGUGUAACAUCCUACCACUGCAAAAGAACAUGAAAGCAAAUAGCUUAUAUAAAGUGACAAUAUUCUACUGGAUAUUAUCUUCAUUCAUUUUUGUGAUCCCUGAGAUACAUUAAACAAUACUGUACGGAUAAUUGGAUAUAUAUUUUUUAUGAUGGAAAAAAA